AUGAAGAAAAGAUCUGGCCUCCUUGUAUCAGAGUAAUUGUAAUAAGAUCACCAGUUCUACAGACUGGAUCACUUUAUAUUAUCACAGCUGUGAAACCUGCUACAAUUGGAAGAGAAAAAGAUGUUGGACACACACUUCAGAUUCCUGAAGUUGGAGUCAGCAAGUUCCAUGCAGAAGUGUAUUUUGACCACGAUUUGCAAAAUUAUGUUCUUGUGGAUCAAGGCAGUCAGAAUGGAACAGUCGUUAAUGGAAAUCAGAUUCUCCAGCCUAAAGCAAAAUGUCAUCCCUACAUCUUGGAGCAUGGAGAUGAAGUGAAGAUUGGUGAAACUGUGCUUUCUUUUCAUAUACAUCCUGGCAGUGAUACUUGUGAUGGAUGUGAACCAGGACAAGUCAGAGCACAUCUUCGCCUGGACAGGAAAAAGGAAUCUUCUGUUUGCCCAGCACUUAGCAAAGAAGAAAAAGAGUUAGUCAGAAGAAAAGCAUUAAAACAAAUACGGGUAAAAUAUGGUUUACAGAACACAGAGUAUGAAGACAACAAAGCAGUGAAGAACCCAAAGUACAAAGACAGAGCAGGAAAACGCCGAGAGACCGUUGGAAGUGAAGGAACUUUCCAGAGAGAUGAUAGUCCAGCUUCUGUUCAUAUUGAAAUCAGCAACAGCAACAAAGGACAUAAAAUGUUGGAGAAGAUGGGAUGGAAGAAGGGAGAGGGCCUGGGCAAGGAUGGUGGUGGUAUGAAGGAUCCGAUCCACCUUCAGUUACAUAAGACGCAUGCAGGUUUGGGUACCAGCAGACCAGCCUCAAUUGAAGAUGUUCAGAUCAUCCAGAGCAAGAACAAAAAGAACUGGGAUAAAGCAAGAGAAAGGUUUGCUGAAAACUUCCAAGAACCUAAAUCACAAAGAGAUACACCCAAGAUUACGCCUUGGGUUAGAGGGCCUGUAGAGUAA